AUGGAUCCUGGAGACAUGUCUAAGAUAGAUGAUACUUCAACUAGAAAAACAAAAAAGUACACAGGUUGUUGGACAUGUCGAAAGCGUGGAGUUAGGUGCGACGAAAGAAGACCUGGUUGCAGGAACUGCUUAAUUCACAAAGUCAAGUGUGAGGGUUACAUGGUGAAGCUGUGCUGGGGUGACAACAAUAGAUCGUCGUCGGAACACGGGUAUCAGAGGAGUCGAUGUCUUAUUCUUUAUAAGUGGAAAGAGAACCAACUACUGAACGAAUUUCAGGUUGACAGCUUCUUGGAAAGAAUCGAAACCGCGUCGGUAUCCCUGACUUGCAAAAAUCUGGAGAGUACGAAGGAGGUCGGUUAUGGGCCUUUCACUGUUUUCAAUGCCACUUGCAAGGUGGAGAUGGGUAUAUGCACCAGGAGCGAUAGCUGCUCGAGUAAUGAAUCAAGAAAUAUCACUUUUGAAGUAUUCGCUAUGGAAUCCGGGAGCAGAAUACGAGAAAGACUGGAGCAGGCCUCAUUCCAGGGUCUCUACGGAGAUCUUGAGAUUGAGAUUGUCUUGCUGAAUUUUUGGAAUCGUUAUUUCAGUAAGACUCUCACGCCGGUGGACGAUAGUGAAAUGAAUCCCUAUAAUCUUAUGUUGAAGGAGGCACUGGACAAACCGCAUGCCGCUGAGCUUCAAAGGGCAAUCCUGCAUACAGUGUGUGCUAUUUGCUCGAGUUUCCUUUCAACCAGUGCAGACCAUGCCUUUAUAGCCCCUCAGUUUCAGCAUACCAACUUCCAUGAGUACAGGAAGUUUCACAAAAUCAGGGCUCUCAGUUUUGUUUCGGACAAGUACUCGUGGAAAGACGUUUCCACAUCCGAAGAGCUGAGUUUCUUAGCUGGGUCCAUAUGUUUCAUGCUGGCAACUGAUUGUUUCAACAGUUCAGACGAAUGGCAGAUUCAUCUCGGAGGUGCUGUAUCAGCUCUGAAAGCCAUAGGCAAUUCGGACGGGGGCGGACUUAUUGCAGGACUUGGCCAACCAGAAGGACUAUCUGGUGCCUUACUCUAUUUUUCUCAAUUGACGAGACUGGCCUACCUUAAAUCCGCAUUAUAUAUGCAAAAUGACGAUCUUUGUCACAAGUACUUGACACUCGAGGACCUAGAGUUCAUGAGAUAUCCAGAAGAAAAUAUGACCGAGUCGCUGAUCUAUCGCAACUUAGGAAUUACGCCAGGUAUGAUGAAUUGUUUGACAAGCAUAGUGAGGCAUAUUCAGCUCGCGAAGUCAACGAAAUAUCGAGAUCAAGCCAUCUUCGAUAUUGAACUGGAGCUGAUAGAUUGCAAGCCUCCAGCGUUCAAUGCCAGCAUGCAUUCUGCGAAUUCGUUGAUAGUAUAUCAUCAGUCUUUUAUAUUCCACACUGCCAUCAGUUUGUUAUUUCUCACGGAAGUGAAGAAGCAAGACCCUCAGACCUUGCAAGACCUGGUGGGCUCUGGAAUUGACCACAUAGAAAUAUGCGAGGAGAUCUCGAAAGGCUUCACAGGACUUGGUUUGUUCUGGCCGGCUUUUAUUAUUUGCUGUGAGGCGACUUCUUCCGAAUCUCAAACGAGGGUUACUGACUGGCUAAGAUUAGUGGACCUUUACUGCGUAGACACAAUGAGACGGGGUUCUCGUGUUGUCGAAAGGGUUUGGGAAAGAAGAAAAGGCGGCGAGCAGGUAAGCUGGUUGUCUGUUAUUCGAGAUAUCGACUCGACGUUGUACUUGGCAUGA